AUGAAUCUCCGCGGAAAAGACAUUCUCAGCUUCACCAGACUUCGAGUUCUCCUGAUGCUGUUCCAUACAAUGGCUCAAAUCAUGGCAGAACAAGAAGUGGAAAAUCUCUCAGGCCUUUCCACUAACCCUGAAAAAGAUAUAUUUGUGGUGCGGGAAAAUGGGACGACAUGUCUCAUGGCAGAGUUUGCAGCCAAAUUUAUUGUCCCUUAUGAUGUAUGGGCCAGCAAUUAUGUCGAUGAAAGCCACAACACGUCCAAGGGACCCGAGGCGACAUGGAGGCUGAGCAAGGUCCAAUUUGUCUACGACUCCACGGAGAAGACCCAUUUUAAAGACGCAGUCAGUGCCGGGAAGCACACCGCCAACUCGCAUCACCUCUCUGCCUUGGUCACCCCAGCUGGAAAGUCCUACGAGUGUCAAGCUCAGCAGACCAUUUCACUAGCCUCAAGCGAUCCGCAGAAGACAGUCACCAUGAUCCUGUCCGCAGUUCACAUCCAGCCCUUUGACAUCAUCUCCGAUUUUGUCUUCAGUGAAGAGCACAAAUGCCCAGUGGAUGAGCGGGAGCAGUUGGAGGAAACUUUGCCCUUGAUUUUGGGGCUCAUCUUGGGCCUCGUCAUCGUGGUAACACUGGUGAUUUACCACAUUCACCACAAAAUGACUGCCAACCAGGUGCAGAUCCCUAGGGACCGGUCCCAAUAUAAGCACAUGGGAUAGGGGCCAUUAGGCAGGCAGCCCCCAAGCCUCUCUCCUCCAGCUGGAUCAGGCAGAGAAACAAAAGCACUUUACCACCUUGUACAUGGGAUACACCAACAUAGCUACAAUCCAACAGUCCUGGGUAUCCAAGGCUUGCUUGACCGGCAUCCAUGCUUAAACCCAGGGAUGGGGGGAUUCUUUUGGAUUCAUGGGGUGAAAGGCAGUCGUUCUCUCCAUGCUGGAGAAUGAGGACGGAGGGGGUCAGCCAGCUUUCAUGUUCAUGGUGGCUUGACUUUGACUUCCAAGGAGCAACAUACACAACUCAGAGGGGAAUCUGGCCCCGAACUUUAGGGAUUGGAAAGAUACUUCUUUUGAGAAGACACCCCUUUAGGUUCAGAGGAAUAAGGGGUGCUUUGCUCCCUUGGACACAACUGGCUUGCCCUAUACAAUUGUCAAUGCACACAAAAUACAGCCUCAUGCUCCCUGUGGCAAGACCCCUGAAAGUGACCCAUGCUUCUGGCUGGCGUUCUGCAUGUCUAGUGAUUGUCUUGGGAAUGUUUCACUGCUACCUGCACCCAGUGACCUUGCAGCACAAGAACCCGUUUAAUGUAACUAUGCAGAGUUGUUUGGACUUCAUAGUGUGCCAGGCCCAAGUAAGGGGACCUGAAGAAUCAAUCAAUCCAUGUGAGUUUGUUUUUCAAAAUGAAUUAAAAGACACUGCUGUCUAACGUUUGGCUGUUUUUCUGAAACAAGAAAACAAAAUUAAAAUGGUUUCUUUGGCAUCAGAGAGGGGAGGGAAUGAUGAGGAUGAGCUAUUCAUUUCUGCAAGAGGAAAAGCAAAGAAAGGACAGGGAAAAAAUGAGGGGGAAGUUGGCUUUUCCAGGGGAAAAAGCAUGGAUUUAUUUUGGCAAAUAUAAGUCAUUUUCAUAGUGGCAGCUCUUGAACCAUUGAUCUGCUAUUGCUUCUGAUGCUUAUUGGUCUUGAGUUUGGCAUUUCAUGUUGGAUUAAAAAGCUGGACCGAACAGAGUAGCCUAGGUUGAGUUUUAUUUGAAGUAAAAGGUAAUUUAUUGAGACUUCCUAGAAAAAUAUACAUUGUUUGAAUUUCACUCACUUUCUAAAUACUUUUUCAGAAGAUGUGAGUGAGCGUAGGGGAAAUUUAUUUCCUUGGUGUUAAGAUAGAAAUCCACCCCUCAUAUAAUCUCCACCAUAUGAGAGGCAGCUCAUGAGUUCAUCUCUCCAAGUCUUCGACUGCUGACAGCAGUGCACACUUAGAUGUUUAUCAUUCCAGCAAAUCUUGAUAAGUAUCAGCCAGUUGCUAUUCUAUUACCUGAUUGUUUGAUGCCCUGUUAACCUCAGUCUUUUCCCCUGCAUGAUCUCCCUUCAGUGUCUGCCUGGUACCAGUGGAAAAAAGCUCUGGUACCUUAUAAAAUUUGCAUGUUGCACAAGGAAAAGAUGAGCCUCGGUGCUGGUGGACAUCCCCCGUGGUUCCUCCACUCUCUGUCACCUGUGAUCGGCUCACUGCCAUGCCCUGACACUGGACAAGCCCUUUCCUUUUUUAGCAUCUCCUGUAUUUUUUUAAAACUUUGUAUUUAUUUGGAAUCAUCCAAGAUGAGGGGAGAAAUGUACACUUAGAUGUAUUAAUGAGUUACCCUUGCUUUCUGUAACCCAUCCAGAAAAAUUUUCAGAACUUUCUGAGUCAUACAACUGAAAACUCCAUAUUUACUUAAUUUACUCUCACAAAAGUAAAUUUCUUUUAAAAAGGACUUUCACAAAACAUAGGACUUUA